AUGACGACCGAGAGAUUUCCCGGCUUUACGAGCCUGAAUAAUCGGACAUGGCUGUUUACGCCUGAUAACCCGACUCCCGGAGAACUGGUCAUUGUGUGUAGCUGGACGGGCGCGCGCCCACAGCACAUUAUCAAGUAUCUUACUCUCCACAGGACUACUGUCGCAGUCGGGGCUCGGAUCUUGCUGGUUGAGACGGCGGCAGCGAUGCUGGUCAGCUCUUACGCGCACCAGCGAGCGACGAUCCGACCUGCCGCCCAGGUCGUGCGGGAGACGCUGGCAGAGGGUGAUUCACCGAGGAUCAUGCUACAUCUCCUGUCGAACGGCGGAUGUCUCAGUGCCGUGCAAAUGCUUCUCGAGCUUCGGGGGAAUUCCACAAACCGCCUACCUCUUGUGGGGAUGAUGCUCGACAGCGCGCCAGACGACAAGACCUACUGGCAAACACACAAGGGGAUCGUGACAGGGCGACGCCCUUCAUCCCGCCUCGCAGCUUCGGUCCUAGCGCAUGUUGUCUUACUUCCGAUCUGGACGGGGUUUGCACUGGGGAAAGAGAACCCCCAAAGCGCGAUGUGCAAGAUCCUACUGGAUGGGUCGUUAAUAGCCGGAGUACCGUCUAAGAAUGAAGCGGGAGUCUCGGUCUGCUACAUUUACUCCAAGACGGACACGCAGAUCAUCUGGAAGGAGGUGCACGAUCAUGCCCUCGAGGCUCGGAACAAGGGCUGGGAGGUGGAGGAGAUUGUCUAUGAUGAUACCGGGCAUUGCGCGCAUCUCUCUGCAGAUGAGAAACGAUACACGGAUGCCUUGAAAUGGUUGUGGAGUCAGCCAACUCAGCGCUCUUCCAAAUUAUAA